AUGUCGAAGAGGAAGAGGGAUCGUGAGGCUGAUAAAGCCCCAAACGUGGUCAACGAUGGUGCAUCCCAGCCACUAAAAGCGACUGCAAAAUUGCAAUCUCAAAAUCAAGGCGUAUCAUCAUCGUCAAUCAAGCCACAGCCGUCGAAGUCUUCUGCAAACAAUGCCAAUGGUGGUUUAAAGACAUCAAACGCGAGCAUACAACAACCAAAGAGUGCAGCUACGCCCAAGUCAACGAAGAUACCAAGAACCGAGAAUCACAUCGAUGUCAAGACCGAAUUACCUGUUGUUCAGAUCAUCACCGGUUCUUACGAACGGACAUUACACGGCAUCACCGCAAAGUUGUCCCUCAACGAUGGCAAGCUGAAGUCAAUAUACGCUGACUCGUUCCUGUUCAACGCUCAUCAAUCAGCGGUCAGAUGUCUGGCGUUGUCCCCGAUGCCCGAAGAGUCUGACCAAGGAGUAUAUCUUGCCACUGGAGGAUCUGACGAACGCGUCAACAUAUACUCAUUAUCGGCGGCACCUGUGCCAGACACUGAUCGCAAAGGUCGCAAAGUUCCGACAAUGCCAACUUUUGGGCCGAAUCAGAUUAGCGAGAACCCUCUGAAUCGAGAACUCGGGACACUAGUUCAGCAUUCUUCGAGUAUUACUGCUCUCCAUUUUCCGUCUCGAUCUAAAUUACUAUCCGCAAGUGAGGACAAUACUAUUUCAGUGACACGUGUGCGUGACCUAGAGGUGAUCUCCACAGUCAAAGCACCGAGACCAAAGGUCUCUGGCCAAGCUUCUGGUGACAGUGCGAGUGCUGGAACGGUCCCGUCAGGUGUGAAUGACUUCGCGAUACACCCUAGCAUGAAGCUGAUGGUCAGUGUUGGUCGUGGAGAGAAAUGCAUGCGCUUGUGGAACCUUGUCACUGGCAAGAAGGCUGGAGUCCUCAACUUUGAGCGUGAUAUUCUUCAGGCUGUCAAGGAGGGAAAGUACAGCCACGGUGAAGGCCGAAAGAUACGCUGGAAUCAUUCAGGUACCGAGUUUUCAGUUGCGUUCGAACGAGGUGUGGUUGUCUUUGGCCAAGAUUCAAAGCCUAGAUGUGUGCUCAUGCCAUCUACUUUGACCAAAGUCCACCAGCUUGUCUAUUUUAGGACUGGCAAAGAUCAUGAAUUUCUUGCGUGUUCAACCGAUGAUGGAAAGAUCCUCUUUUUCGAUACAGCGAAGGCGUCGACAGCCACCAAGGAUCUGCCACUACUGAACCCUAUUGCUUAUAUGGGUGGUGAGAAGCAUGCAAUCACGAAAAGAAUAAAGGACUUUCAGAUACUGGACCUGACCAAGCAUGGGUUUCCUGGUCGCUUAACCAUUGUGGGAUGCAGCAACGGCGAUAUAAGCCUGCUUUCUCUUAGAGAUGACGAGAUCCUCAAGCCGGAGACGGACGGCGGUUUCGUUGGCACUGCGUCGGCUGAUGUAUACUCGACAGGUAACAGAGUGACCUGCCUCGUUGCAUUUGCCAUGCUGCCAGCUCUUGAUAUCGAAGGAGGACUUUCGGAGGCGGAGAGUGGCCUUGGUAGCGAAAUAGACACCGAAGAUAGUAGCGAUAACGAGUAA